AGUUAUCUUUAAAGAUUCCAUCUAACAAAUCCAACUAUACUAAUUGUUACCAAGUAAUUCACAAAAUGAUAUAUAUUAACCAUUAAUUUAUCAUCUAUCAUUUAUAUUAUAUGCCUAAAAUAUAGUUUCUGUUCGUUCUACAUGCUCAUUAGGAUACUACAUUCUAUGGCUUGAUCGAAAAAAUAGUUGAUUGAUCGAUAGAUUGAUUAAAAGGUGUUUCAGUGUAUUGGUGCAUUAUACGUCCAAGAAAAGUAGUGUAAUUUAGUAUGGAAGAGAUGUAAUUCCAUGCUUCAUAAAAUGAUGACAUACAUUAACCUCUCAAAUCUCACAUGAAACGGCCUCAAGAAGACUUUUUCAUCCAAAUUAAAUGUCAAGAUGACAACUUCAUCUAUUAUUUAUAUGCCUACAAGUUACUUUCAUUACAUUCUACUUUCACAUUGGCAUGGGAAAAAUUAUGGAGUCUGAAGCUGAGCAGCCCUUGUUGGCUGCCCAUGGGGCGAGUUCUGAGCUCGAGGAGGUGCUCUCCAACUCCCAAUUACCUUACUUUCAACGCCUUAGGUCCGCCUUUUGGAUCGAAUUCCAGUUGCUUUUUCGACUUGCAGCCCCUGCAGUGGCUGUCUACAUGAUCAAUAAUGCUAUGUCCAUGUCUACACGAAUCUUUUCGGGUCAACUUGGAAACCUUCAGCUUGCUGCUGCCUCUCUUGGCAAUCAAGGCAUCCAAUUAUGUGCUUAUGGCCUUAUGCUAGGGAUGGGCAGUGCAGUGGAAACUCUAUGUGGACAAGCAUAUGGAGCUAAUAGAUAUGAAAUGUUAGGAGUCUACCUACAAAGAUCAACAGUAGUACUUUCAAUAACAGGCAUACCACUAGCUGUGGUGUAUUUGUUUUCCAAGAACAUACUGCUCGCGCUUGGUGAAUCAAAACCAGUUGCAUCACAAGCAGCAGUAUUUGUGUAUGGCCUAAUACCCCAGAUAUUUGCUUACGCGGUGAAUUUCCCAAUACAGAAGUUCUUGCAAUCUCAGAGUAUUGUAGCCCCUAGUGCCUUUAUUUCCCUAGGGACUCUAUUUGUACACUUACUGCUCAGUUGGAUUGUUGUAUACAAAAUUGGACUGGGAUUGAUAGGGGCAUCACUGGUAUUGAGUCUUUCUUGGUGGAUUAUUGUUGGGGCUCAGUUUAUAUACAUAUUGACAAGUGAAAGGUGUAAGGCUACUUGGACAGGUUUUCGAUGGGAGGCAUUCAGUGGAUUAUGGGAAUUCGUGAAGUUAUCGGCGGCUUCAGCUGUUAUGUUGUGUUUGGAGACAUGGUAUUUUCAAAUUCUUGUGUUGCUUUCAGGGUUGCUCAAGAAUCCUGAGCUUGCAUUGGAUUCUAUCUCAGUAUGCAUGGCAGUGAAUGGGCUGAUGUUCAUGGUUGCAGUGGGGUUCAAUGCUGCUGCUAGUGUGAGAGUGAGCAAUGAACUAGGAGCAGCACAUCCAAAGUCAGCAGCAUUCUCAGUGUUUGUGGUGACAUCAAUUUCAUUUGUUAUAGCUGUGGUGGAAGCUAUAAUAGUGCUAUGUUUGCGCAAUGUUAUUAGCUAUGCAUUCACCGAGGGUGAAACUGUGGCCAAUGCAGUGUCUGAUUUGUGUCCAUUUUUAGCUUUCACCCUUAUUCUCAAUGGCAUUCAACCAGUCUUGACUGGUGUUGCUGUUGGCUGUGGAUGGCAGACAUUUGUUGCAUACGUGAAUGUAGGGUGUUAUUAUGGUGUAGGAAUUCCAUUAGGAUGUCUUCUUGGCUUCAAAUAUGACUUCGGUGCCAAGGGAAUAUGGACUGGAAUGAUUGGAGGAACUGUGAUGCAAACAUUCAUUCUGCUUUGGUUCACAUUCCGUACAGAUUGGGAUAAAGAGGUAGAGAAAGCUAGAAAUCGUCUGGACAAAUGGGAAAAUGUAAAAGAAUCUCUAAACAAGGAAUGAAGAGGAAAAGAGAGACAUGAAUUCCAAAUAAUCCUUGCAGUACCUGCAAGAGCAAAGAAGUUAUCUACCAAAAGAGAGUCGAAAUCUAUAAUAGAAUAGGUUACUAUUUCUAAAUUUAAAAAAAAACAGAUAAAAAUAAUUUCAGAUAGUAUGAUUUAUUAGUAUUCUAUCUUACUUUACGAAAACAACCUAUCUACCUCACCAGACACUCUCUAGCCCCUCAUACCUCACUUUGUGGGAUUACACAGGGGUAUAUUGUUGUUGCUAUCUUAGUUGGUGUCCAAAGUAUUCGAUUCAAGAAGACAGUGAUGGCUGAAUCCAAAGAACAAAAAAAAAAAAUUUUUUUGCAGUUUACUUCCAAUCAACUUAUCUGUAAGAAAACCAUCGCCUGUAUCUGCACGUUUCUUAGUUGAUUGUGUUAUAAAGAGGGUGAUAACAACUUUAUUUCUGCAA